AAGGGGAGGGAGGAGAGAAAGGGGGGAGGAGGCAGGGGAGGGAUCGAGAGAGAUCGGGGAGCGAGCGAGGCUGUAAUCUCCUCCCUGAAUCGCGCUCAGCGCCGCAGAUCCCAGAGCUCCGACAUGCGGGCCGAAUGCAGGUGAGGGAAGGCACGGACUCUGCGGCUGCCAAUCCAAACUUGGGCACCGCGCGGUGCGCACGGUUCGGCCCUCGCCCCCCGCGGGCGAAUGGUUGCUGCGGUUUCAGGCGGCGGCUUCGUGACUAAUGACCUUGCGCAGAGUUAAGAAAAAAAGAGCGAGAGCGAGCGAGCAAGCAGAGCUCUCAGGGGUGAGAAGCGACUGACUCUGUGGGCAUCUCUGAAGAUGGCUCGGGCUGCCGUGUGGCGCGCCGGGGAAACCGGGACGCGGACCUCGCAGUGACGCGACCGUGGCGGGAGCGACCUGCCGGGGAUUUUUUUUUUUUUUCUUUCCAUUCCCGGUCUGUUGACUGUCUACCCCGCUGCUGGAGAGAGGAGUCCGAGUUGUAGACUGGCUCGUGGCCGGCCCCGGGAGUCUCGUGCGGGGGAAGCGACUCACGUUUGGCUGAGCAGCGGGAGCCGGGAGCCGCGGCUGGGGCUGGAGUGAGCGGCUGGAACGUGCAUUGGACUCAACUCGAGUAGCAGCCCAGACUGGCGGGGCGGGGAGGCGCGGGGGGCAGGCCGGCACAUUCACUUCCCCGCCGCUGCCCGGCUUCUCCACCACCCGCCAGCCUCUGAAGAAGGUGGUGUGGCCCCGCGCGGCCGCGCGGACACCGCAGCUCCGGAUCCGGCUCCCGCGGCGGGGAUGACGGAGAGGGAGGGGGGCGCCGAUCCCGCGGCGCGCAGUGUCCCGUGAACUGUGAGUACUGCACGGCGGCCGGUGAGCGGGCGAUUAGCACCCAUUGCAUGAAUGAUGAAACAAUAACUUUCGGAAGAAGCAAGAGGAAAAGAAAGAAAAAACAAAGCAAGAAGCAUCUUCUCCCUGCCUCCCCCCUGCGCCCCACCGGUGGACUCCAAACGCUCCGCUCCAGCCUCCUCCCUCCCCUCCCUCUCGUGCCUUCCUUUCCCGGAGAGGCGAGAGGACUGAGAGGGGAGGGCCGGCAGGCGGCCAGCCGCCCUCCCCCCCGAGGAGGGGGGCGCGGAGCAGGGGAGGGGGGCUGUGGUUAGAAGGAGCAGUAGCAGCAGCAGCAGGAGAAGAUGCUGAGGAUGCGGACGGCGGGGUGGGCGCGCGGCGGGUGCUGGGGCUGCUGCCUCCUUCUGCCGCUCUGCCUCAGCCUGGCCGCCGCCAAGCAGCUCCUCCGGUAUCGGUUGGCCGAAGAGGGCCCCGCCGACGUCCGGAUCGGCAAUGUGGCUUCCGACUUAGGCAUUGUGACGGGCUCGGGCGAGGUGACUUUCAGCCUGGAGUCGGGCUCCGAAUACCUGAAGAUCGACAACCUGACCGGGGAGCUGAGCACCAGCGAGCGGCGCAUCGACCGCGAGAAGCUGCCCCAGUGUCAGAUGAUCUUCGACGAGAACGAGUGCUUCUUGGACUUCGAGGUGUCGGUGAUCGGACCCUCGCAGAGCUGGGUGGACUUGUUCGAGGGUCGGGUCAUCGUGCUGGACAUCAACGACAACACGCCCACCUUCCCGUCUCCGGUGCUCACCCUCACGGUGGAGGAGAACCGGGCUGUCGGGACGCUCUACCUGCUGCCCACCGCCACCGAUCGUGACUUUGGCCGCAACGGCAUCGAGCGCUAUGAGCUGCUCCAGGAGCCCGGGGGCGGCGGCGGCGGCGGCGGCGAGGGCCGGCGCGCGGGGCCGGCGGACAGCGCCCCCUACCCAGGGGGCGGCGGGAACGGCGCCGGGGGCGGCGGCGGCGGCUCCGGCGGCUCCAAGCGGCGGCCCCCCGAUGCUUCCGAAGGCGGCGACGGGGCCACUCCUGGUGGGCGCAGCAGCGUGUUCGAACUGCAGGUGGCGGACACCCCGGACGGCGAGAAGCAACCCCAGCUGAUCGUGAAGGGGGCUUUGGACCGCGAGCAGCGCGAUUCCUACGAGCUGACCCUCCGGGUGCGGGAUGGCGGAGACCCUCCCCGCUCCUCGCAGGCCAUCCUGCGGGUGCUCAUCACCGACGUGAACGACAACAGCCCCCGCUUCGAGAAGAGCGUGUAUGAGGCUGACUUGGCCGAAAACAGCGCCCCGGGGACCCCCAUCUUGCAGUUGCGCGCUGCCGACUUGGACGUAGGGGUCAAUGGACAGAUCGAGUACGUGUUCGGGGCGGCCACCGAGUCGGUCAGGAGGCUGCUGCGCCUCGACGAGACCUCCGGCUGGCUCAGCGUCUUGCACCGGAUCGAUCGCGAGGAAGUGAACCAGCUGCGCUUCACCGUCAUGGCCCGCGACCGGGGGCAGCCCCCCAAGACCGACAAGGCCACGGUGGUGCUCAACAUCAAAGACGAGAACGACAACGUGCCGUCGAUUGAAAUCCGCAAGAUCGGGCGCAUCCCGCUGAAGGACGGGGUGGCCAACGUGGCCGAGGACGUCCUGGUGGACACCCCCAUCGCCCUGGUCCAGGUGUCGGACAGAGACCAGGGGGAGAACGGGGUCGUCACCUGCACCGUGGUGGGCGACGUGCCUUUCCAGCUGAAGCCGGCCAGUGACACGGAGGGCGACCAGAACAAGAAGAAAUACUUCCUGCACACGUCCGCCCCUCUGGACUACGAGACCACCAGGGAAUUCAACGUGGUCAUCGUGGCAGUGGACUCGGGCAGCCCCAGUCUCUCCAGCAACAAUUCCUUGGUUGUCAAGGUAGGAGACACCAACGACAACCCCCCGGUGUUUGGCCAGUCGGUGGUGGAGGUUUAUUUCCCCGAGAACAACAUCCCUGGGGAGAGGGUCGCCACGGUGCUGGCGACGGACGCGGACAGUGGGAAGAAUGCCGAGGUGGCCUAUUCACUGGACUCGUCGGUGAUGGGGACCUUCGCCAUCGAUCCCGAUUCUGGGGACAUCCUGGUCAAUACGGUGCUGGACCGCGAGCAGAACGACAGGUACGAGUUUAAAGUGAAUGCCAAAGACAAAGGCAUCCCCGUGCUCCAGGGCAGCACCACGGUCAUCGUGCAGGUGGCUGAUAAGAAUGACAAUGACCCUAAGUUCAUGCAGGACGUCUUUACCUUUUACGUGAAGGAGAACUUACAGCCCAACAGCCCCGUGGGAAUGGUCACCGUGAUGGAUGCUGACAAGGGGCGGAACGCAGAGAUGAGCCUGUACAUUGAAGAGAACAGUAACAUUUUUUCCAUUGAAAAUGACACGGGGACUAUUUACUCGACCAUGUCCUUUGACCGGGAACACCAGACUACAUACACUUUCAGAGUCAAGGCUGUGGAUGGGGGAGACCCUCCCAGGUCUGCCACCGCCACCGUCUCGCUGUUCGUGAUGGAUGAGAAUGACAAUGCUCCUGCCGUCACCCUUCCCAGGAACAUUUCCUACACUGUACUGCCACCUUCGAGCAAUGUCAGGACAGUGGUCGCCACAGUGUUGGCCACAGACAGUGACGAUGGCAUUAAUGCAGACCUGAACUACAGCAUUGUGGGAGGAAAUCCCUUCAAAUUGUUUGAGAUUGAUCCCACCAGUGGUGUGGUUUCCUUAGUGGGAAAACUCACCCAAAAACAUUACGGCUUGCACAGGUUGGUGGUGCAGGUGAAUGACAGUGGGCAGCCUUCCCAGUCCACCACCACGCUGGUACACGUGUUUGUCAAUGAGAGUGUUUCUAAUACAACUGUGAUUGACUCCCAGAUUGCCAGAAGUUUGCACACCCCACUCACCCAGGACAUAGCUGGUGACCCCAGCUAUGAAAUUAGCAAACAGAGACUCAGUAUUGUCAUCGGGGUGGUAGCUGGCAUCAUGACAGUGAUUCUAAUCAUUUUAAUUGUUGUGAUGGCGAGGUACUGCAGAUCCAAAAAUAAAAAUGGCUAUGAGGCUGGCAAAAAGGAUCAUGAAGACUUUUUUACACCCCAACAGCAUGACAAAUCUAAAAAGCCUAAAAAGGACAAGAAAAACAAGAAAUCCAAGCAGCCUCUCUACAGCAGCAUUGUCACUGUAGAGGCUUCCAAACCAAAUGGACAGCGGUAUGAUAGUGUCAAUGAGAAGCUGGCAGAUAGCCCAAGCAUGGGGCGAUACCGAUCUGUUAAUGGUGGGCCUGGCAGUCCUGACUUGGCAAGGCAUUACAAAUCUAGUUCCCCAUUGCCUACUGUCCAGCUUCAUCCCCAGUCACCAACUGCAGGAAAAAAACACCAGGCUGUACAAGAUCUACCACCAGCCAACACAUUUGUGGGAGCAGGAGACAACAUUUCUAUUGGAUCAGAUCACUGCUCUGAGUACAGCUGUCAAACCAAUAACAAGUACAGCAAACAGCCGUUUCGUAGAGUGACGUUUUCUGUUGUGAGUCAGCCUCAGGACCCACAUCAGGGGUCACUGCAGAGUUGCUAUGACAGCGGGCUGGACGAGUCAGAAACACCAAGCAGUAAGAGUUCAUCAGGGCCAAGACUGGGUGCCCUUCCACUCCCAGAGGACAACUAUGAAAGGACCACGCCGGAUGGCAGUGUUGGUGAGGCAGAGCAUAUGGAAAAUGAUUCAAGGCCUCUUCCAGAUGUAGCCCUGACUGGGAAGUGCACCCGCGAGUGCGAUGAAUAUGGCCACUCAGACUCCUGCUGGAUGCCCGUCCGCACUUCUCCAGAGAGGAAGAAGAGCCAGCCCAAACUCUCCACUUUCAUGCCUGUUGAUGAACGAGGAAGCCAGGAAAAGCUGGCCAAUGGCGAGGCUGCCAUCAUGGGCGACCGCAACAGAAACCUCCUGAACAAAAAGUUGACCUCUUCCUACGAGACCUUCAGUGCAGCUAGUUUCAGCAAAAACGAGGAAGCCAGCACGGAGGAUAUUCCUUUGACGAAAACAGGGGAAUAUAAGCCAUCUCCUGUCAAUACUCUCACUAGAAGAGAAGUUUAUCUGUAGGCUUUCCAGGAGCAACAGCAAAGUUCUUUUCAUGUAUGAGAAGGAGAAUAAGGGGCAAAUAAAAAAAAAAUACAAAGAAAAAGGAAAAAAAAAAUCUUACAAAGCAAAACCAUUUACUCACAGAGGGGGCUACCAAAGAGACAAAGCUUUGCCUGCCACUUCCGCCUCCAGAUCAGGCCUUUAGUGAGGAUGUUAGCCUGAUUACACUGUACAAUGUAGAAAUCCAUCCUUGUUACUUGCAUGUCAACCCUCACCCCACCGAUCCCCCAAACCCAAACCCAUUGUUGUUUCCCCACCACCUUCCAAAAGAAACAAAACAAACAAACAAAAAAGCAACAAAAGAAAAAGCCAACAACAAAAUACAAUGGUUGCAAGUUUCUUUCACCGUAACAAGCCUGAUUAGCAGAACAGUACACUCUCAUUCUCCCAAAACUGAAGCAUGAUUUUAGUAACUUUGAUUUUAUUUGAGUGUCAUCUGGCUGGUCAAAAAAAAAAAAAAAAAAAAAAAAAAAAAAAAAAAAAGAAAAGAAAAGAGAAAUCUGGGCAGGUAAAAUGUAUUUGAGACAUACCAUCAAAAUACAAUUUAUCACCUUUACCAUUCCAGGCAACUUGUUGAAAAUGUUAGCAUCUCACUAAAGAUGUAGUCUUUAUAAAGAGGGAAUCUAUUAAAAAAACAUUUUGGGAAGAUGACAGCUUUAAUAUUCUAACAAAGACUAAAAGCAAAACAAUACUCAGUGGGGGAUUACAGUUCCAAGUUGGCAUAUUAUUUUCAGAUCAGAAGUAUCCACUCCUAGUUCAUGCAUUCACCGAAUAUUGUCACACAAUCUUGAUUUUGUAUAGCGAUUACACUAAUGAUGACUUGUAAAAUUAAAUCUAUUGCUUUUUCAGAACAAGACUGCUCUUCUCAACUAACUUGAACAAUUGUGUCUUUAUGAGGCCAAAGAUCAAAUGGCAGAUCAGGGAAAUCAUGAAGUUGAUUUGGUCUUAAUAUAGAAAUGGAUUCAACAACAAAAGCAACUCUACCCACAGGAACACUCAAAUGCUAUUUUAUAUUGACUUCAUGCCCAGAAAAUAUUCUUUGCAUUUUUGAAUAUUUUUUAUUUGAAAGCUCCAAAUUAGGAAAUGAAUGAAUUUAUUUCUUUUUUUUUGGUUGGGGGGGGGCGGUGGGAAGAGUAUUACAGUAGACAAGCAGGUAGAAGGUAGUUGAGGUAGAAGUUUAGCUUCAGAUAGAACUAUCAGGGAUGAUUCUUCUUUUCAAUCAUAAUCAUUGGUAGGGAGGUAAAGAAAGAAGGAUCCAUUGUGUGAUCUUAUUGAUGAAGUUUACUAUUGUCAUUAUAAAAUCCCAGCUACACUUGCUGGCCUUAUUAUCCCCAUUUAAAAUUACAGCUGCAUUUUUCACUUAUUUAGUAUGCACUUCCUUGCAGCACAAGUGCAUUCAUGUUGACUUCUUUGCAAUACAGACUUAUGGGACUCACAACACUUAAGACAACACUCUCAAUUGACUUUGUCAUUAAUGUGAUUUGCAUAUUAUUUCAUGUAUGUCUUCAAUGCCGAGACUGAUCGCAAAAGAAUUGAGCACUGAGCAGCAACAUUUCUCAGUGUGUACAUCUCAAAGUUGGAAAACAUGGAGAAUUCUCAUUGCAACACAAAACAAACAGGAUAUGCAGAAUUUGAGCAACUUGAUGUACAAAAGAUGAUUUAAUAAAAUUGAGAAUUGAGCUGGGAAAUUCAAAUGAAGUGACAAUCGUUCACAGAUUAUGGGAUAACAGGUAGAGAGAGCCAAUGUUCUCAUCAUGGAAUGAUUAUAACCUGGUUAAGGCAGAGUCUUGUUGGCUCUCUAGCGAACUUUAGACACUAUAUAGAUUUGAGUAGUCUUCUGCUUUGCAGAAUUUUUUAGACUAUAAGGUAAAACCGCCUGAAGUAUAGGUUGAUCUUUCACAAAAUACUUGUCUUAGAAAAAUAUUUCUUUGGUGGGGUAUUCUUUGGGAUCAUUUCCUUAUGCUGUUUUUUCAAUGGAGUUUUCAUUUUUGAUGUUAGUUUAUGUAUGAUAGGUAGGAUGAAAAAAAGAUACAUAAUUGAAGAUAAAAAAUCAUUGGACUAAAAUAUCAAUAAUUGAACAUACUUAUGUUUGAUUAUUAUUUACACUAUGGAAAGAUGCAAUUUUAGUACUUUGAUAGGGAACUGCAUUCAAGCAGUUCUGCCUUGUAUAAUCUGUAAGUACCUAUUAAGACAAAAUACUUCUAAAGAUACUUAUGAAAUGUAUACAUAUUUUUCUUGCACGUUACAAAUGAAAUAAUUGCAUAACACAGAUGUUCAAGAAACUUCUUUUAAUGCAUUUUUUCUUUCUUUCACGAGACCCUUGAAAACACUAGAUAGCUCAUUCCACUCUAUCUUAAAACCCUUCUGUUGUCUAUUAAGCUAAUACGGGUCAUGUUGGACCUUUUGAUUAAUUGGAUCCACGUCUCCCAAUGGUUGAUGUUUGCACCAUAUACAAGACAGACAUGUCAUUGUCAUUUAACUCGUGAACCUUUUUAGAACUAAAAUGGGUGUGAAAGAAUAAAAUUCAGUGUACUGUAAGUAUUCGCAGUAAUUCUAGUAGAAUUAGCUAUCAUAACAUGUUUAUUAUAUAAUGAGCUGGCAUGACACAGAAAUAUAUUUUGUGUUUGUAUGACUUUUAUUUUGAAUAGGUUAAACCUGGUGCCACUCCAUAUAUAGAGUGCUUUUGAAAAAAAAUAAUAAAAAGAAACAAAAAAAUAAACAAAUGAGUGAAUGCAAAAUAAGCAACUGUGCCUUUUAUACCUGUUGUUAUGGUAAAAAAACGGUUGUUGGGUCUGGAAAAUGAGGGAUAAUGGGCUAUUCCCUAAUUUUUGAUCCUGUAUAUUUAUCCAUGUUUAUUUUCUGAAAAUAAUAAAUAAUAUAUUUUAAAAAUUUGCCUUCUGACAAACUCAGAUAAUGGACCAGUCUUAAAUAUUAUUCAUUCAUUGAGCAAAACUAAAACAUUAAUAUGGGCUGCUUUAAAAUAUCACCAGAAGGUGAAAGCAUUGAUUGUAGAGUAAACACAGGGAGUUAUUAUCAGGGGUGAAAUCAGUCCAUUUUGCAAGGUAAAACGUUUGAUUUAUAAGCUUUGAUUUUUUUUCUUUUAGCUGCUCAUUCAUUUUGGUUGUACAGUAUAUGAAUUAUACUUGUUUUCUGUAUACAAGAAUCCCAAGUGAACUUUUGCAUGUGUUACACAUUAGGACACACUUAUAAAUUGAGUAAACUAUAUAAAUUUGUGUGCAUCGCAAUGUCUGUCUCAAAUUUGCUGCUCUUUCUGAAUGUCCAGUUACAAUUUCUGUGGGUUUUUUUUUUUUUUGACUGGCCUAUUACCUAAGUUUUGGAAAACAAGAGAGGCAUUAUUUUUAUGGGAGGAGUGACUAGGAUAACAUUAAGGAUGUCUGCCUGAAAGGCUACCCUGGGAAGUUGUGUUAUAGGAAAACAAAGAUUAUGGAGCAGAAGAAGCUAUCAAGAAUCAAACAGCCAUCCUAAAACUGUCAUGAGAACUCAGAAGACCUGUGUCAUUUUAUGUAUGCCAAUGAUCAAUACAUAUAUGUCUCCAAAAGGGAGGGAAAAGGAAGGCAUGAAGCUGAUCCUGAAUGUAGUAAAGCUUGCUAGCUGUGACCCAGUGGAGGUAUAUGCAACAUCUGGAGGCGGCAUCUUUUCCUUUUUUUUUUUUUCCAGUUACCUAGGGUUUACUUUCAGACAACUUUGCCUACAUUUUAAAGCACUUGCAUUCAGUGUGGUACGAUCUGUUUGUAAUGUUAAUCAUUGACUAUUGUUCUGCUACUUGGAUGUUGAUAGUGAAGCAGAGAACAAUUUAUCAUCGUUUCUUAUGAGUCACUAUGCACGCAACUAUGCUAAACAUGGCGAAAUGUAUUAGAACACUCGUCCAACUAUUUAUGAAAUACUUUACAUAAUUUAAUUUGCUUUUGUACAGUUUAUGUAAAUAAAUUGCUUGUCAUUUUUUUGUCUCUGCAAAUUAAAC